GCAUCAAAACGGGUCCUGAAUAGUAAUAAUAUUCCUCGACGCACGUCACCAACAACAAGUUUCAGGCUCCAAUUCGAACCAUUUAACGCUCUCUUCUAUUUAACUAAAUGCAAAUGCAUUGCAUUAGUAAGUUAUUUUAAUUUGCAAGAAUGCGUUUGUCUACUAGUACCAUUCCAGUCCCAACCUCUGUUUCUUCUCCUCAAUAUUUUAUAUUCGCUUUGCAUCAUUAUAAAUCCAAACCGUUUCAUUUCGUUUCAUUCUCUCUCCGUAACCGUUUCUCUCCUCCUCUUUCCUUUGCUUCUCCAUUCUUCUCCGAUGCUCACUCUUCGCGCUUUCUCCCCUUCCCGCCGCCGCCGUCGUCUUACUCCGCCUCCGCAGGAAAUAGUCGGUUGCAUGCUCAAUUUUCAACGGACGAGAACCAUAUUGAUUCACGUGAUGAAAGUUCUGGCAGCAAUAGUGCCAAACAGCUGCGAGAACGGAUAGCAUCUCCUGACUACGGACCUAAACCUGAUAUAGGAAAGCGGGUUUUCUGUAACCGGCCAUUGAAUAUGAAGAACAUUGUUGCUGUCGGAUUUGACAUGGAUUAUACUUUGGCACAAUACAUGCCUGAAACUUUUGAAUCCCUUGCGUAUCAACACACAGUUGAAAAGCUGGUUUAUGAUUUGAAAUACCCCAGUGAGUUACUGAGUUGGUCAUUUGAUCCAAAUUACAUGGUUAGAGGUUUAAUUCUUGACAAAAAGAGAGGCAACAUCUUGAAGAUGGAUUGCCACAAAUAUGUGAAAGUAGCUUAUCAUGGAUUUAAAGAGCUAUCAAAAGAAGAUAAAGUUGAGACCUAUGGAAAUACUUUAGUAUGCGAUCCUUUUGAUGGGCCAGACUAUGCUCUAAUUGAUACACUCUUUUCACUUGCUGAAGCCUACUUGUUUGCGCAACUGGUUGAUUUUAAGGACAGAAAUCCUGGAAAGAUUCCAAUGUCUGUUGAUUAUGCUUCUCUCUACAAAGAUGUUCGAAAUGCGGUAGAUUUGUGCCACCGAGAUGGAACAUUGAAGCAAAAGGUUGCAACAGAUCCCAGAAGGUAUAUCAAUGAAGACAGUUCAAUAGUUCCCAUGCUUAAAAUGCUUAGAGAUUCUGGAAGAGCUACAUUUUUGGUGACAAACAGUUUAUGGGACUAUACAAACGUUGUCAUGAAUUUUCUCUGUGGAUCCAGUGGGGUAAAUGUCACUUCCAAUUCUGACUGGCUUCAAUACUUUGAUGUUGUCAUCACUGGAAGUGCAAAGCCAAGCUUUUUUCUUGAGGGAAAUCAUGCUAACUUGUUUGAGGUUGAGCCUGAGAGUGGAAAGUUACUUAAUACAGAUAAUGGAUCUCCUAUGCCUCAGGUGGGUGAUAUCUCAUUAGGGUUAUUGACAAAAGAUAAGGAACACGCUCGUAAGGUUUUCCAGGGAGGCAGCGUCACUCACUUACAUAAUCUACUUGCAAUAGAAUCAAGUUCACAGGUUCUAUAUGUCGGGGAUCAUAUUUAUGGAGAUAUACUACGCAGCAAAAAGGUUCUUGGUUGGAGAACAAUGUUAGUGAUCCCAGAGCUUGAGAGGGAGGUUCAACUCCUUUGGGAAUUGAGGAAUUAUCGCAAGAAUCUUCAAUUUUUGAGGAGCAAGGGUGAUUGCAUUGCAGAUAAAAUGCAUCAGUUGAAUCGAUCUCUCAAAUUAGAGAAUCCAGAUGAUGGUACCAAUCAGAAAUUAAAUUCAAAACUUGAGGAAUUGGAGCUUGAAAGAGAGAUAGUGCGAUUGAGUCAUCAAGAAGCUCUAAGAAAAUUACACCAAAAGUUUCACGAGCCAUGGGGUCAGCUGAUGAAGACUGGUUAUCAGAACUCUCGCUUUGCUCAUCAGGUUGAGAGAUUUGCCUGCCUUUAUACAAGCCGAGUAUCUAAUUUGGGCUUGUUAUCUUCAGACAAGUACUAUAGACCCAGUGAAGAUUUUAUGCAACACGAAUUUGGCAUUUUGGAAAGCUGAACUCUGCUACUGUAUGCUUUAUACCCCCUCCCCUGGAUUUUUUUUGGAAGCAUAUAUUUGGUUUUAUCAUUGCAGUUGUUCAGGUUGUACAUUAAUUUUAACGCAGGGUUGUAUUUAUUAUCUCCCUCUGUUUGAUAGUACUCCUAAUAGGGAAAGCAAUGAGCAAAGGACGGCAAGGGUAAUAAUUCUGUCAACUUCCUUGCCAGUUAAAAUCCACCCAAUUUUCAUUGAUUUUCAUCUUGUAUUGACAUGAAUAACUAUUAAAAUAUGGAAAAAUUUAAAGUGGGUUUGAUGGAAACACAUAAUGCAAUAUAAAGGGACAGUUUGCAAA